GAAGCUGUUGCCGUUCGGAGUUGCCAUUCUCUCUGGCCGGCUGGCUCCGUUUGACUGGCACGGAGAGAAGGCACAUUUUCCAUUUCUCUUCGGCGCUUGAUUACAGAACGAGUGACGGGUUGCUGUCUGAUUGCCGAACUGCUGGACUGUCGAAGGAAUCACCGUUUCGAUCUGGAAUUUGGAACUCAUGAUGUCGUUAGAUUUUCAGAACAAGUAAUUUUUGGAGUUUUUCACGGAGUUCAGCGGGGUGUCUGCUGAAACGCACGAGAAGGUGAAGCAGGCCGAGGAUUUGUUUGGCUUAGGAUUGGGCCUCGUGAGCACACGGAUUUGAUCGAGAGCAGAUCGAACUGAUUGCUUUGUGAGACUUGGAAGACAUUGUCUUGGGGACCAGCUGGCGAGAUAUGGGAUGGCAGAUCCUUGCUGCAAGUGGUUGUCAGUCCUAGUUUUUGUCUGCUUGUUGUUUACAAGAGUUACUUCUGCUACCCAUUUGGAUUCAUCGGAGGAAUCUGUUCAUCUAUGGGAGCUACCUGUUUCAGAAACGAAAUGCGAUUCUGUGACUCCGGUUUGCGGCGAAAAUGGUGUAAGAUUUGAAAGUUCCUGUCAUGCUAUAGCUGCUGGAGUAAGAAUUGUUGAAGACGGUGCUUGCUUGCAAGCAAAAAAGCCAGCAUGUAACGUGAAGUGCUUUAGAGCUGAUCCAGUUUGUGGAGACGACGGAAUCACGUACUGGUGUGGUGUAGCUGAAGCGAAGUGUGCAAAUGUUCAAGUUGCCCAUACUGGCUUUUGCGAUCUCAAAAGUGGCGGUCCUGGAGAGAAUGGCAAUAGGGCAGCUCAGUCUCUAUUUCUCGUGAACUUAGUGUGGCUUGCGCUGGCUGGGUUUUUGGUUAUAGCUGGCUUUCCUUAAUCCAACCACUCAUUUUUUAAAAAUUACACAUGAAUGUAUCAUUGUAAGUCAGCUGGAUCUACAUGACGUUUCGAUACGUUCCAACCUGACUUUAGAGUUAGAGUAGACUGAACAGACAUUAUUCAAAAUUAUUUCCGAAUAAACAGUAAGGAAUCUUUUCCCAUUUUGUCACUGAU